UCCAGCUUUCCUCUGCCUCCGAGAGCAGUUUACAGAGCAAACUUCUUUGUAGUUUCAGAAGCAGGUUUGUUGCCAUGGAAUCCACAGUGCCACUGGAAUAGCCUAGUAAAAGGUAACCACUAAAGAUUCAGUCAAUAGAUAGACUGUGGUUCUUCUUCUGGAAAAGCCUGACUGGUAGGAUUCCUUUAAGGGCUCAGCCCCAAAGUCCUUUAUGUCAUCACUUCAGCUACUUGAAAACUGAAGCUCCAGAAGAUCUCUGAAAGAAAACCUGCUGGGCUCAAGCACUUCCCACCGAUGGCCAAUCCUAAGGGUAGUGCUGUUACUAAUGGGACUGUCCACAAUCCCAAGACUCAGCACAGCAAAUGGCAAAGCACUGGCUGUGUGAAAAAUGGAAUCCCCAAAGAAGCCCAGCAAAAUUCUAAGAAGCCACGUUUUUUUGAUAAGCCCAUCUUUGAGUCCUACCCGGAGCCACCACUGUAUGUCUUGGUUUUUACUUACAUGGGAUAUGGAAUCGGAACCCUAUUUGGCUACCUCAGAGACUUCAUGAGAAACUGGGGAAUAGAAAAAUGCAACGCAGCUGUGGAGCGAGAAGAACAAAAAGAUUUUGUGCCGCUUUAUCAGGACUUUGAGAAUUUUUAUAAGAGGAACCUUUACAUGAGAAUCAGAGACAGCUGGACUCAGACGGUCUGCAGUGCCCCAGGGCCCUACUUGGACAUAAAGGAGAAAGUGUCUGAUGACUAUAACUGGACAUUCAGGUAUACUGGAAGAGUUCUCAAAGAUGUCAUCAACAUGGGCUCCUACAACUACCUUGGGCUUGCAAGCAAAUAUGACGAGUCCAUGAAGACAGUAAAGGAUGCUUUAGAAGAGUAUGGUGUAGGUGUGGCCAGCACCAGACACGAAAUGGGUACUUUGGAUAAACAUAAGGAGCUGGAGGAGCUUAUGGCUAAGUUCUUGAAUGUAGAAGCAGUGAUGAUCUUUGGAAUGGGAUUCGCAACCAACUCAAUGAAUAUCCCUAUACUUGUUGGAAAGGGAUGCCUCAUUUUAAGUGAUGAGUUAAACCACACAUCUAUCAUCCUGGGGGCUCGACUCUCAGGUGCAACCAUACGACCCUUCAAACACAACAAUGUCCAAAACCUAGAGAAGCUCCUGAGAGAAGCUAUCAUCAAUGGCCAGCCUCGCACAGGCCGAGCUUGGAAAAAGAUUCUCAUCCUGGUAGAGGGCAUCUACAGCAUGGAAGGUUCCAUUGUGAAUCUGCCCCAGAUAGUGGCUCUAAAGAAGAAAUACAAGGCUUAUCUCUACAUGGAUGAAGCUCACAGUAUUGGCGCUACGGGCUCCAGUGGCAAAGGUAUCAGAGAGUUCUUUGGACUGGCCCCUGAAGAUGUGGACGUAUACAUGGGCACAUUCACCAAAAGCUUUGCAGCCUCGGGAGGCUACAUAGCAGGGAAAAAGGAAAUUGUGGAUUAUGUACGAAUUCACUCACAUAGUGCCACUUAUGCGACAUCCAUGAGUCCCGUAAUAGCUGCGCAAAUCAUCAGAUGCUUGAAACUUAUUAUGGGAGAAGAUGGGAACCUUGGAGGUCUGCAGAGAAUACAGCAACUUACAAAAAACAUAAAAUACUUCCGAGAGCGGCUGAUAGAAAUGGGAUUCAUCAUCUAUGGCAAUGACUACUCUCCCAUUAUCCCUGUGCUCCUGUACAUGCCUGCUAAAGUAUCUGCUUUUGGAAGGCAUUUGCUUAAGAAAAAAAUCGGGGUGGUGGUUGUUGGAUUUCCAGCCACUGCCCUGGCAGAAGGUCGGGCUCGCUUCUGCCUUUCAUCAGCACAUACUAAGGAGAUAUUAGAUGAAGUUUUGGAAGUUGUUGAUAAACUCGGUGAUCUCCUGAAUGUGAAAUACUUCCCACUCAAGAAGUCAGGACGCCCUGCACUCUCCAAUGGGAAGAGUUUUGACAGUGAAGCAAGCUUUGAUGAGAUGAGCGUUGAACCUGAAACAUAAGUUUCCUGGCAUAAUGAAUGGAACAUAAAGACUGCCAGAAGACUUCCUUCCUCCUUUGUCUCACAAGUAAUAUAGCUGUAUUUUACCCUUUCCUCGGGACAAUUUUAUUUUCCAAACCAGCUUAAUUGAGUGAGGGAAAUAGUCAUUUCUUUAAUGUCUCUAACCUGCUGUUACAAAAUCAAAAUAUACAUAAAAUUCUAGAUUUA